UAUUAUAUUUCACGGCACGGCGAUCAUAGAGUAUCAUACCAUAUAGUCUAUUCAGAAUUAGAGCACACCAGAUUUACUUAGCAACACCGGUUUUGACCGUGGCCGCCUGGUGUCGUCUUAUUCUGAAUAGAGUACGUAUAUAGUAUCAUUAUUUUCACCCGAAUAGUAUAUUUUAUAUCUUUAUGUUUACAUUGUUAUAUUGUUAAAUUAAUUUUUGUAUAUGUUUUAAAAAUCGAAACUAGUUCAGUGUAAUCAUAGUCGAAAGCUGGAACUCAGCCAUACGAAUAAUAUUAUUAAGCUUCAAUUCACAUGUAUAAUAUUAUAUAUAAAUAUAAUAAUAUGUGCACCCGUGCAACAUACGUAUACCAAUGGGGAAACAAAAUAAUACUUUAACGUUUUAUUUCUCGUUCAUAGACGUUUUACUAUUUUUUUUUUUUUUUUAAUAAAACGGCUCUAUAUGAAAAUGAGUGUUCAGCCGACACGUUUUUACAAGCUUGGUAUAGGCUGCUAACUAAAUCGACAGGUUUAAGUGAAUAAUAAUUAUUAUCGUCAAAAUACCGAUCAUCGUUCUAUGUGUAUUAAAUAUUUAAACAAUUCGUAAAAAAAACCAGUUUGGAUAUGAUGACAAGAAAUAAGACAUAAAAUCAAACUUUGGUGCAGAUUAACAAAAAACAAAGCAAAAUGUCCAAGGAGGGUGUGUACAGGCAAAUCUAUGUCACUAUAGUCGCGACCAUGUCGAUAUUCAUCAGCGGCAUGUGGCUGGGGUGGCCAGGCUCGGUGGUGGAGAAGUUCGUCAAGCACGAGACGGACUUCAACGCGACCAUGAACGAGCUGUCGUGGAUCGUGGCCACGAUGGACCUGGGUAACGUGAUCAGCCCGCUUCUGGCCGGCCAACUGAUGGACUGGAUGGGCCGGAAGCCUAGCAUCGUGGUGCUAGGGCCGCUGUUCAUCGUCUCGUGGGCGCUGACCCUGUUCGUGCCCACCGCCUGGGCGCUGUACACGGCCCGUCUGCUGGCUGGCAUGGGCAAGGGUAUGUCGUACACGGUGGUGCCCGUGUACCUGGGUGAGAUAGCGUCGCCCGCCAUACGCGGAGCAUUGGGAAGCGUGUUCUGCCUUCAGUUGCACUUUGGCUUGCUGACGGAGGCGAUUAUCGGUCCGUUGGUGUCGUACCGCACGCUGAACGUCGUGUCCGCCGUCGUGCCAGUUCUGUUUUUCGUCGCUGCCGUCUGGCUACCCGAGUCACCGUACUAUCUGUUGAAGCGCGGCCGCCGGCCACAGGCAGCCGUGAGCCUGCAGUGGUUCCGGGGCGGCGGUGACGUGGGCCACGAACUUGACCUGAUGGAGGUGACCGUGCGCAAGGAGAUGGAGAACCGUUCCACGUUCCAGGAGCUGUUUGCCAGCCGGAAAGACAUGCGGGCGCUGGCCAUCGUGGUGGCCGCGUGCACCACACAGCGGGCGGGUGGCAUCAGCUGCAUAUUAGCCUACUCGGCGCUCAUACUGCCGAGCAAUGGGCCGCUGUUGAACAAACACGAGUCGGUCAUGCUGUUCGCCGUCACUAUGGCUGCAGUCAACUUAGUGGCCGUCGCGCUCGUGGACAGGGUGGGCCGGAAACCGCUGUUGCUCUUCUCCGAGGCGGGCAUGGCUAUGGUCACGCUGACAUUCGCAGUGUUCUUUUACUGUUCCCGGGGCGACGGCAGUGACUGGGCCACCCGCGAACUUGCGUGGCUCCCGUACCUCUGCCACUGGUCGUUUGCCGUCAUGUUCGGGGCCGGCGUGGGGUUCGUGCCGGUCGUGUUCCUCGGCGAGAUGUUUCCUGUCAACAUCCGGUCGCACUGCUCGGCCAUCGCUUCCAUCACGCUGGCGUUCUGCUCGUUUGUCACCAACAAGAUGUUCCUGUUCGUGUCCAAUCGCUAUGGGUUCUAUGCCAUGUUCUCGCUGUUCACUGUCGUCAAUUUUGCCGGCGCGUUCUACACGUACAAGUACGCAAUCGAGACGAAGGGCAAGACGUUACAGGAGAUCCAAGAGCAGCUGCAGGACACUGUUGGACAUCGUCGAGAGAAGACCAACCAAAACGAUGAUUAAAAUUGUAGGUACUAAAUAACAAUUGAAUCCAACAAUUGAUCUGUUGUAAACUUUUAAAACUGUUAAUAAUAAUUUUAUUUAAUUAAAAAAAAAAAUUAUAAUUUCAGUUUAUAAAAUAAAUCAGCCUUAUUUUAUUUCUUUAACA